AGUGGUUUACGUCCAAUAUGAAAUCCGCCCAAAUACGAGGCUAACAAAUGAUGGUAGCCCCUGAAAAGAGCCGGGAAAGACCACUGAUAUAGAACACUGGGAAGUACGAGCAAGUUGCCCAAAUGAGCGAAAUGCAAAGAGCUGGUCGAAAGAGAGUGUACAGUACGAUGGAGCUGGAUUCUGAGGAUUCUUGUAUUUGCAAUGAUAGCUGCUACUGCUUUUCAGACGAAGACAAUCUGACUGGAGAAAACGAAAUCCGCAAACCAAUGCCUAGGUGUAAUUACUGUGAGUCAAUAACGAGACAGUCACAAAGGGACCAGCUACGUCUGUAUCAGCGAGCUAUGUGGCACUGGUUCAAGUUUAACGAGUACUUAAGUAGGUUUUACAAUGCUCGCUACAGUUGCUAUUCGCUAGCCAACUCUGAUUACAUGUGUCAAUGCAAUGACAUAGACGAAUCCCCAGGUGAAAGUGGUGAGGACUACGACCGAAUUGAUGCAAAGUCAAGACGGACAGACCAAGACUUGAACGAAUGGAAUCGAAAAGUUGUUUCAGGAGACAUUGUUGACAGGGAAAGCCAUGACAAGGGUAACAAAAAAGACAACAAUUUCUUCCAAAUGGAGCUGAAUGAGGAUUUCAAAAGAUUUUUGGAAAUAUCAAGCAAACACCGAGAAGAAAGGGAAAAAUUGAAACAGCAUUCAAGUGGAAAGAAAAAGGAAAAUGAAAAUCACAGGAAAAGGAAAGAUAAAGAGAAGAAUGAAAGUGCUGAUUAUAUUUAUUAUGAUGCCAGUAAAAAGCCUUUUCAGCCAACAACAAAUGCACCAGUCUUUGUGGAUAAAAAGAAAAUGUAUAAAGAAAGAUAUGGACCACACUUUGAAAAGAUUUUAAAUCUAGAGGCUGAGUUGCAGUUGAACUUUGAAAAAUUUUGUGAUAAAGAGAAACCAUCCUAUUGGCCAUGUAUACCUCUAAAAUUUUAAUAUAUAUCCAGCUUUGCUUGAUGUCGUUUGCCAUGUAUUUUUAGGGAAAAUGAAACACAAUAAUGUCACAUGACUGGAAAUUGAUAUAAUGGCAUUUAAUCAUUGUCCUAUUGACAUUUAUAAUUAGCUCCAAACAGAUUUUCAUUAUUAAUGCUUUCAAAACAAGAAAUAUUCAUAAUUAGACAUUUAAAUUGAGGUAACAAAAUCGAAUUCAUUUGUCAAGUAUUAUGCUUUAAUUGCCCAUUCAUUAUUUUCUGACUGACUGCUGCUGCCUUGUGACAAGUUCUUGCAGAACUCAGAGUCACUUUCAGAAUCCCCUGGACUUUUUGCUUCGUUUGUAGGGAAAAGUCUUCGAACACAAUGCAUUGCUUUUUCAUUUUUCAGAAGUUGCUUUAUGUUUUUUUCUUUAGUUGUUUCUUCAUCUGCAAGCAUAGCCUUUUUUGUUGGAAUAUCCCCAUAAUCUUCAUUUUCCCCCUUAUCUCCACUACUCCUUCUUAAAAUUUUUGAGUUGAUGUCAUCAUGUUUGCCAUGCUCUUUUCCCAUCAAUAUGUUUUGAAGCUGUGUAGGAGAAAAUAGAUUGGAUUUGCUACUAUGAUGGCUAGGCCACAGUGCGUAGUCUUCAGUGAACAACUGACCACAUGGCUCAUAUUUUGUACUGUAUAUGUUCUUAGAUACACUGUUGUCGAAGCAAGCAUAAUCAAUCAGUAUUUCUUCAUCAGGGGCAGUUUCUUCACCUUCGGUGUACCAACAUGUUUUGUCUUCUCGACGUCUGCGAAUCGUGCGUCUUAAAGCAAUGUUUGUCCUUUGUUCUGGUGCAUGUUUUGGGCUUCUUGUGACCGUCCCUAAGUCUGUUGUACACAAAAAUGCAUUCUCGGUAAUUAUAUAUUCUUGUGGAUU